UCCUUCCCGGUGCAUUGUGGGACUUUAUGUAAACCCAACAUGGCAGCCGCCUGCGCUAGAACACUAGGUAAGGUCGGCUGGUCUCUUUUACAGUCCCCGGCAGCCCGCCGGCCCGGUACCGUCUCCUCCCUGGUGGGGAACGUGAGCACGCAUGGGUCCAGGAGGGCGUUCGGUACCGGCGGCGCGGGGGUCCGGUCCAAGCUGCUCUCCUCUCUGCGGGGAGGAAGAGGAGGCAGGGUGCUGGGCUGCGCCUUCCUGGUCGGCGGAGGUCUGGGUCUGUAUCAGACCGUGAAGUUCUCCGUCCAGCAGCACCUCCACGCCGAGGAGGAGACGACCAAGGCUCCAGACGGAGGUCUGAAGUUGACCCUGUACCAGUACAAGACCUGCCCGUUCUGCAGCAAGGUGCGAGCGUUCCUGGACUUCUAUGGGCUGCCGUACGAGAUCGUGGAGGUGAACCCGGUGAUGAGGCAGGAGAUCAAGUGGUCGGUGUACAGAAAAGUGCCGAUCCUGAUGGUGGACAGCGAAGUGCAACUGAAUGACUCAUCCGUCAUCAUCAGCUCCCUCAAGACUUAUUUAAUCAACAAUGAGAAAAGUGUGUCUGAGAUCAUUCGCUGCUACCCGGAGAUGAAGUCUGUGAACGACAGCGGGAAGGAGGUGACCGAGUACGGCAACAAGUACUGGCUGAUGCUGAGCGAAGCAGAGACCGCGAUGAUUUACCCCGAGAAGGGGAUGCAGAAAGAGGAGAUGAAGUGGCGUCAGUGGGCCGACGACUGGCUCGUGCACCUCAUAUCCCCCAACGUGUACCGGACCACCACCGAGGCCCUGGCGUCCUUCGACUACAUCGUACGCGAGGGCAAGUUCGGUGCUUUCGAAGGUUUCUUCGCCAAAUACGUCGGCGCUGCGGCCAUGUUCCUCAUCUCCAAGAGGCUGAAGAGUCGACACAACCUGCAGGACGACGUCAGGCAGGAUCUCUACAAGGCCGUCAACGACUGGGUGGCAGCCAUCGGCAAGAAGAGGAAGUUCAUGGGUGGAGAUCAUCCCAACCUGGCAGAUCUGGCGGUGUUCGGCGUCCUCAGGGUGAUGGAGGGCCUGCAGGCGUUUGACGACAUGAUGGAGAACACCAAAGUCAAACACUGGUACAGGCGCAUGGAGAGGGCGACGCUCAACCACGAGGGCCGAAACUGAAGCUGGAACCGAGCCGGACGAGGCGAAGGAGUCCGCAGUCAGCCUCAGAAAGACUGAACGAACGUUAAAACCUCCAGAAAGAAAAGCGUCCAGCGAGCGUUGGGGAAGCGAGAAGUUCUGCUUCAGCUGAGGAAAUAUCAAACAGUUGAUUGAUUUCCUGCACAUGAAUUUAAACCCGUUGAUUUAUAAGAACGAGUUAACUGCAGACAUUCACGUAGAUAAAGAGAUCGCACACAUGGAAACGCUGCCAUCAGACAUUUAAAUUGACCCUAUUAGGACCAUUGAAGGGCGUCUGUAAUUUUUACUGACACCUACUGGUGAGCUGCUGCAACUGCAACGUCAAUGAAACAUACUGUACCUUCUCUGCAGUUUUAAAGCACUUCAAUAACAAAGUAAAGUCAAAUUUCCACAACACAAGUAAACGAGUACAUCAGUCAAUUUCCUGCAAAUAUGUAGAUUUAUUUUGUUUUUGGGGAGGAAGCGAAAAUCUGACUUAUUAUUGCUUUAAUAGUUAAAACAGUCCACAGGGUUUCUGUGCACAAGUCUGGGAAAUGAUUGUACACAUUUCCAGGCCUUGAGGUUUGAGAAGAAACGAUUUGGUAUAAAUCUGGAUCUGUUUCAGCGGUUCUCAGCCAAAGAGUAUGAGCCUCAACAAACGUUAUUUAUGGAACAAAAUAAGAUCUUUCUACUGAACAAAUCUGUUGUAAUUUCUUCACAUUUUGUUCAUAAAUAUUAAAGUUUUGGUUCUCAGACUCUUUAAAGUAUAAAGAGGACACACACGUAGGAACUCUGUUUAAACUGUUUCAAUCGUUUUCUCUUCUUUUCAUGUUCAGUUCAAGGUUCAUGUUGAUUUAACAGUUUCCACAUCGCAGCAGUUUUGUCUGGGAAAACUGGUCGUUUUGAUUUUCAGUAAUUUUUGGUUCAGGAGAUCUGGUUAUCUCUGUAUUUAUUUCAGUUCUUUUCUGUUAAUUUAACUGAUGCAGGAUCAGUGUGGCAGUGAGGAAUCAAUAAGCUCAUCGGCUGGUGUUCUUUCUUUUGGAGGUAAAGGAAAAAAAAAUGUACAAAGAACCGGUGAGCUGCCAGUUUGAAUGUACUUAAUAUGCAAACUGCAGAUUAAUUUCUGGAUUAAUUGUAUUAAAACCAACUCAAUGUGCAUAGUUGUAAAAAGGUUAAAUAAAUAAGGAAAGCUGGA